UGAUUGAAAACGGCACCACGUCUCCUCAUUUUUUUUUCUGAUUUCUUUCUCUUCUUGGUUAAGUCUUUUUGUUAGUGGGAAGUCAAAUCGACACCUCUCUCGUUCGUAUCACCGCCAUGGAAAUACAUAUAACAAAGAAGAAGAAGAUCUCCGAUGAUCUGAUCACAUGCAGAGGAACCUCUGUUCAGAUUCCGUUUGAUCUCAUCCCGGAGAUACUCAGAGGGUUACCUGUUAAAACCCUAGCUAGGUUCAUGUGCGUAUCAAAAGAAUACGCAUCCCUCAUUCGCAACCGAGACUUCAUGAAAUCGUACUUGAUCAAGUCCUCGACUCGUCCGCAAAGCCUCAUCUUCACCUUUGAAGGGGGUAAUUCUGGGAAUCACUUUUUCUUCUCAUUGCCUCAUCUCCGAGAUCAAGGUGAAACUGAAACAUAUUCGUCUGUACCAACUUACCUUAUGAAAUGCCGUGCUUUACCGUACUUAACCAUUGUUCCCUCUGUUCACGGUUUGGUUUGUCAUGGACCUCCUUCUGGGUUAAUGGUAUCUAACCCUAGCACUAGACGGUCCAUUACUCUGCCCAAGAUCGAUACUAAGAGUAUAUCUAUGUACCACCACUUGGGUUAUGAUACUAUCAGUGGUGAUUACAAAGUGUUGUGUAUGGUUAAAGGCAUGCAUGUUAAUAGGGGACGCUAUUUAGCUCAGGAGCUUCGAGUUUUGACUUUGGGAAAGGGGAAUUCUUGGAGGAUGAUUGAAGAUUUUCCUCUUCACUGUCUUUGUACUCAUGAAACUUCUGAUUUAUGUGUCAACGGUGUUUUGUAUUAUGUGGCUUUGCUCGACACAGCUGUGAGUCAUGCAGUCAUGAGUUUUGAUGUUAGAUCUGAAAAGUUUCAUCUUAUAGAAGGACCUGACCCUUAUGUGCGUCCCAAGCUGACCCGCUACGAGGGAAAGCCUGCAGUCUUGUUCUCUGGAAUUGCUGAUUGCAGAAUUAAUUUGUGGGUUCUAGAGGAUGCUGUGAAACAUAAAUGGUCCAAGAAGUCUUAUGUUAUGUCUACGAUAGAUCUCAACACUUACUUUUUUCACCAUCUCUUCUGUACUAAUGAUGCAGGGGAAAUUGUUUUGGCACCCGACCGUGUGUGUUCCAAACCGUUUUAUGUUCUCUUUUAUCAUCCAAAGAAAGAUACUAUGAGAAGAGUGUACAUAGAAGGAAUCAGUGAACUAAAGGUUCCACUUUGGGAUAAAGAUUCAUGUCAUAACAUAAUCUCUGUCUUCUCUGGUCAGGUUGAUAAUCUCAUGUUUCUCUAAAAGCACUCUCACCUCCGUUGAAAUGUUUGUUCUUCAGCUUUAGAUAUGUUUCAUCUACUUACUUGGGAGGUUUUGAUGAUCUUUUAUCAUUUUUUUGUUUUUGUUUUCUUGGUGACAUUUUGUUUAUUUUCAUUUUCUCGGCAUUUAUGUAGUAUGUAUCCUUUCUGUUUUGAACUUGGGUAUAAGCUCUUCAUCGUCUAUAACAUACCUUUUAUAUA